AUGCUUACCCAAACUCUCAGAGCUUCGCGCUCCACGAUCGCCCGUGUCGCGAGACAUCAAGCUACCGGCAUGGUUGCGAAGCGCACCUUCAUCACCCCUACGGCUGCCCGUCGAGGUUCGUCAACCUUCCUUUUCAUACCCAAAGCGAUUCCAUGGAGCAUUGCUUCCUAUGAAGUUCUAUCCCGAGCCCCGCGGCCUUUCUUCAAUGCCCCUAAAGCCUCUGCUAACAUUCUCCUCCUAGACCUUAUCCAAGACCUCUACGUCCGCGAACUGAAAGCCUACAAAGUACCCGCCGUGAAAGCCACGGAUGCUGAAGGCAGCGUCCAGAAGUUCACCGCGCCAGCAGCCCCGAAGUCUCCCGAGGAGGCCGACAUUGCGAACGAGUUGAAAUCCUACGAAGCAUCUGCUGUUGAGAUUGAAGGUCAGGCCGAGGGAGGUGCUGCUGCGAGCCAGGAAUUCGAUUGGUUUGAGGAAGAGCCCGAGGAGGAGGCUCACCACUAG